AUGCUGGCAGGUUCACCGUCAUCUCAUAUGGGUUCAUCUAUUUCAAUGUAUCGUGGAAUAUGUUCAACAUCAAGGAUUGGAAAUAGUGAAUCCCCCAAUAGUGGAGCCUCUUCUUCUUUUACACAGCCUAUUGCAGACAUGAAUGAAAAUGAUAAAACAGACUUGCUCUCAAUAACAUGGAAUCAGAACUAUCGAUUAUUUGCUGUUGGCACAAGUCAUGGUUUUCGUGUCUAUACUUGUAAACCUUGCAAAGAAGCUCUCAGACGUGAUAUUGAAAGUAGUGGUUUUAAAAUUGUAGAGAUGCUGUUCUGCAGUAAUGUUCUAGCACUUGUUGGUUCUGUAGCUAAUUCUCAUUAUCCACCCAAUAAAGUUUUGAUAUGGGAUGAUUGUCAUAGAAGGUGCAUAGGUGAAUUUACAUAUAUGUCUGAAAUUCGUGGAGUGAAAUUAAGACGUGAUCGAGUUGUAGUUGUUCUAGAGCACAAGAUAUAUGUUUAUAACUUCAUAGAUUUGAAGCUUCUUCAUCAGAUUGAGACUCUGGCAAAUCCUAGAGGGCUGUGCUGUCUUUCACACCAUUCAAAUACAUUUGUUUUGGCUUGUCCAGGUUUACACAAAGGACAGGUUCGAGUUGAACACUUUGGACUGAACGUGACAAAAUCAAUCAAUGCUCAUUAUUCUCAAAUUGCAUGCCUUACCCUGACAUUAGAUGGGCUCCUUCUUGCAACUGCUAGUAUAAGGGGCACUUUGAUUAGAAUCUUCAAUACAAUGGAUGGUUCUCGUUUACAAGAGGUAAGAAGAGGUGCAGAUAUAGCUGAAAUCAACAGUAUAGCUUUUUCUCCAAAUGUCCAGUGGUUGGCAGCAUCAAGUGACAAAGGCACUGUUCAUGUAUUCAGCUUGAGAGUGAGAGUGUCUGGGGAGGAUAGUUUGACUCAGCCAAAUGUUGCUCAAGGGCCUGCACUGUUUCAUCAGAAUUCUUCCACUUCUUUAGAUCCCUUGAUUUCUCCAAAUACUGGUGCCAACCCCAGUUCAGCAUUAUCUUUCAUGAGAGGAUUUUUACCAAAAUAUUUUAGCUCAGAGUGGUCAUUUGCCCAGUUCCGCCUGCCCAAAAGCACCCAUUUAAUUGUGGCAUUUGGAUCUGAGAACGAUAUCAUAAUUGUUAGCAUGGAUGGGAGUUUCUACAGAUGCAGCUUUGAUAUAGUACAUGGGGGAGAGAUGGUGCGGCAGGAGUAUGUUCGUUUUCUGAAAUUUGAAAACAUGCCAUAA